AUGCGUUUGUUCAAUAUACUAGCCAUCGUGGCCGCCUUGUGCGCAACGACUGUCAUAGCAGGAAUGGAACAGUUGGCAGCCGUUUUACCCUCAUGUGCGCUGGAUUGUAUGAUGACUUCGGUGCCGCAAUCGUCCUGCAAAGCAACCGACCAGAUAUGUCUAUGCAAUGAUGCACAUUACAUAGCCGUUCUCCAAAAAUGUGUUCUCACUAGUUGCACCAUUCGAGAAUCUUUAGCUACAAAAAAUGUCACCACGUCAACGUGCGGUGCCCCUAUCCGGGAUCGCACAAAGAUUGUUUCCCAUGCAGGAGUUGCAGGCGGAGUUAUAGCUCUAAUCGCAUUUAUUCUCCGGAUGGUGGCUCGAUUCAGGUGCUGUGGUGGCGUUUUUGGCGCAGAUGACUGGACAAUGAUGCUGACGAUGGCAUUUCUCGUUCCACUCUCAGCACUCUCGGUUGUUUUGGCCAAUGCUGGUUUAGGAAAAGAUAUGUGGACUCUCCCUUUCGAUAACAUCACCCACAUUCUCUAUAUCUACUUUUGGGAUGAAUUGAUCUAUCUAAGCAUUCUCCCGUUGACCAAAAUAUCGAUUUGUUGUUUCUACCUUCGUAUCUUCCCUGAUCGGACGUUUCGGACAGCAACUUACGUGACAAUUGCACUGAACGUUUGCUACUGGAUUGCCUUUAUAUUGAUCUCGGUCUUCCAGUGUCGACCUCUACCUGGAGCGUGGCACCGCUGGUAUGAAGAGGAAAAAUACAAAUGCAACCAUAUCAACGCACAGGGCUGGGCAGCGGCAGCGCUGAACAUGUUCCUUGAUAUACUUGUCAUGGUACUUCCACUUCGUCAGCUGUACGGUCUGAACCUUUCCGUAAAACGGAAGUCAUACGUAAUUUGCAUGUUUGGCUUGGGCAUCUUUGUCACCCUUGUCAGCAUCCUACGACUGAAUUCACUCAUUCACUUCGCCUCUACCACUAACCUAACCUGGGAUUAUGUGACUGUUGGGUAUUGGAGUACUAUUGAAUGUGACGUUGGCGUUAUCUGUGCGUGUCUGCCUGCCAUUCGAUCGUUACUACGUCGUGUAUCUCCCGGACUAUUUGGCGAUACCGCGCAGGCCAAAUCAGCCUAUGGCCUAAACUCUCAUUCUCGCGGGACAGGAUCUCAGUUUACACCUGUCCCUGUCCAGAGCAAGAAUGGCGAUCGCCAAUUCUACCCACUUGAUGACGUGGAGUCCUCUGAUGAGACCCGGCUACACCACCCCCAUCCGGUCUAG